ACACAUUCACCGCCCUUGCAUACACUAACAUCUAUGAAAUAAUAAAAUUUCGAAUUCUUCGAUGUUUUGCGUACAUAAUCGUUUAAGACUAGUUCAAUCUGACCGCGUCUAGAGUAUCCAAGCGAAUCUCAGUUACCACAACUAGUUGAUACCCAGAUGGAUCUGGAGUUGUGAUCAACUGAUGCGUUCCGAGUAAUUUUUGAGUAAAUCUUUUCUUAUUUUCGAAAAAUCUCGGUUAAAGAUUCUUGAGUGAACCAGAGAUUCAGUGAACAGUUAACAGUUGGACGGUCUGUAGGUGUGUAAUUUUGAAUAUUCGAUUUAUUCCAGUUUGCGACGAGAAAUGGAUAGAAAUGUGAUGCUGUUGGUUCUUGUACUAUUUUUCGCAAAUUUAUUUUUAACCGGUGAUGCGAUUCGAUGUCAACAGUGCAACUCCUAUCUGGAUCCUGGAUGUGCCGAUCUUGAUUUGAGUGGCGGAGGACCCCAAGGUGAAAAGUAUCUCAAGGAUUGUGAAGGUGUUGGAGAAACGAUAGCUUCCUUUUGCCGUAAGCUAGAUGUUACGUUCUUUGCCAGUGAUGAGCGUCGAAUUGUUCGAACUUGCGGGUAUUUGUUACCAAAACAUAAGGGUAUAGAUUACUGUUUUAGCGCCGAUAAUGAAGGAUAUUCUGAGAAAAUCUGCCAGUGCUAUGGUGAUGGAUGUAAUUCAGCACCACGAUUGAUUAGGAGUUUUAGUGCUAUUGUAGUAGUCCUAGUUAGUUACAUAUGUUUAAUUUAUUAAUAUUAAUAACUUAACUAAUGGUAAUUUCUGAUCGAAUUCUGUUGUUGAAUGGUUUUGACUUAAUUAAAAAAAUAUUAAAAAUGGUAAAACACA